GGCAAUUUUGCUUUGGUCAUCAGACAUCACGGGUUGUUUACAUGUUUUCCGUGCCUUUAAAUUUGGAAUUGUUGGCAAAUAGAUGAGCCAGAUCGAGCUUCCAAGAAAGUUGCUGGGUAUUCUAGUUCCUGUGUAGAGGCAGAGAUGACUGAGUUGCUAUAUUUCAAGCAAACAUGGCAAGAAAUCCGUCCAAAAAUAGGGUUAAACUACUUUAUUUUCUUUCUUAUUUUUCUGUCCUUCAUUCUCUUCUUGUUUAAGCUCACUAGAAGUCGCAAACUCAAUUUACCUCCAUCCCCCCCAAAGCUGCCUGUAAUCGGCAACAUUCACCAUUUCGGCACACUGCCGCAUCGUUCUUUACAGGCUCUCUCGGAAAAAUAUGGCCCUUUAAUGCUUUUGCACACGGGGCAUGUUCCAACUCUCAUCGUUUCAUCUGCCGAGGCAGCUAGUGAAAUUAUGAAGACCCAUGAUAUUGUUUUCGCAAACCGACCCCAAACCACAGCUGCGAGCAUCUUUUUUCAUGGCUGUGUAGAUGUUGGUUUUGCUCCUUUUGGUGAGUACUGGAGAAAAGUCAGGAAGAUUAGUGUUCAAGAACUUUUGGGCCCGAAAACGGUGCAAUCAUUUCACCACGUAAGAGAAGAAGAAGCUGCAGGCUUGAUUGAUAAAAUUCGUUUUGCUUGUCAUAGUGGGACUUCUGUUAAUCUAAGUGAGAUGCUGAUCUCUGUCUCAAACAAUAUCGUUUCCAGAUGUGUACUUGGUCGGAAGGCUGACAAGGAAGGCGGCAACAGCAAGUUCGGAGAGUUGACGAGGACAGUUAUGGUUCAAUUGACAGCUUUUAGUUUUGGGGAUUUAUUCCCUUACUUGGGAUGGAUGGACACUCUCACAGGCUUGAUCUCACGGUUGAAAGCAACUUCGAGGACAUUAGAUUCCCUUCUUGAUCAGGUGAUUGAAGAGCAUAGGAGUUUGGAAAGUGAUGGUAACAGGUGUGCUCAGACUGAUUUUCUGCAAGCUCUCCUCCAACUUCAGAAGAAUGGCAAGCUUGAUGUGCAGCUCACACGAGACAAUAUCAUAGCAGUUGUUUUGGACAUGUUUGUGGGAGGAACUGAUACAAGCUCAACAAUGAUGGAAUGGGCGAUUGCAGAGCUUGUAAGGAAUCAAACUAUCAUGAGGAAAGCCCAAGAAGAGGUCAGGAGAAUAGUAGGGAAGAAAUCGAAGGUAGAAGCAAAUGAUAUAGAAGAGAUGGGAUAUUUGAAAUGUAUCAUCAAAGAGACUCUCAGGCUUCAUCCCCCCGCCCCUCUGCUGGUUCCUAGAGAAACAUCAGCAAGUGUUGAAUUGGGAGGCUACUUCAUUCCUCCCAAGACAAGAGUUAUUGUGAACGCAUUUGCCAUUCAAAGGGACCCUAGCUUCUGGGACAGACCUGAUGAGUUUCUCCCAGAAAGGUUUGAGAACAACCCAGUUGAUUUCAAAGGCCAGGACUUUCAGUUCAUCCCAUUUGGUAGCGGGAGAAGGGGUUGCCCUGGGGCCCUAUUUGGGGUCACAGCAGUUGAAUUUAUGAUUGCCAAUCUCCUAUAUUGGUUCGACUGGAGGUUGCCUGAUGGCGCAACUCCAGAGGAAUUGGACAUGAGUGAGAUCUGUGGAAUGACUGCUUACAAGAAGAUCCCUCUUCUUCUUGUACCUUCAUUAUACUCGCCCUGAGCAAUCCAGAGAUCAUGCUUUUCCUGUCAUGGCUUAAAGAAGCUCUGGUUCUCAUCUUCCUAAAUUAGAAAUAAAAAGAAACGAAAAAAACCCUUUAUGUAACUCGAAAGUUAAAACAAUGAAAAAGUAAACCUCUUCUUGGUUUCUUUUUCUUUUUAAUUAA